UGUAACUUUUUUAGCUUUAUUUUUUGCCGGUUCCCUUCGAUAUCCUUGGAAAUCUCCGAUCCUGACCGAAAUAUGAACGAUCUGAACCUGCGCGUGGCGGCCCUGAAGCUGUGUGCGCACCCCAAGCGCUUCGCGGAGCUGCGCGACUCGCUCGUUCCGCUGCCCAAGCGCUGGACUUCCGCUCCUCAUGGAUUUGUGCGUCGGUUUGCGGAGGCCAAGAGCAGUGCGGAGCAGGUGGUGGCGGUCAAGGAUAUCUUCUUCAGGAAGGAGCAGCAGGAUCAGCAGGAUGAGGAUCUGGAGCAAGUGGCUCGCUUCCUCGCCGAUCUUCUCCUCGCGAGUCCUUUGAAGCACGCGGUGCGCAACCAGCUGACCAAACUUUUCUCCGUCAAUUCGCUGACCAAGCAAAAGGAUGACCCGAAAAGGAGUUUCUCCAAGGAACAGCUGCUGGAGGCACUGCAGCAUUCCCUCGCCGAGAUGGCCAGCCGUCCAGCUGUAAGCCACGAUUCCACCAACGAUAUCUUUGUGUCUGCGAAUGCCUGCCUGCAGAACUUUCCCUUUGGCCGCGAGGCUCUGGGUCACCAGUUGCUCCUCUUCGCCGCCCUGCUGCCCGCCGCCCUGGAGGGCUACUGGUCGGAUAUCACCAAUCCCGCCCUGCAACUCUCGCCCACGCGUCGCAAUGAGCUCUACCUCUACGUGCAGAAUGCCCUGCGCUUCCUGGUCAGCCUGCUGUCCGAGUGGAGCGAUAAGUUAGCCCAAAGCUUGCUGGGAUCAGCGGAUGCGGUGGCUCGGCAGGUGGCCCGCCACGUGGACACGCCCUGGGAUGUGCGCUCCAUUGCGGGCCUGCUCAUCGGUCACCUGGCGCGUUUCUCUAACCGAUUCGGGGAUUACAUUGCGGAGUGCUCGAAACCGCAGUCGGAGCAGGAUCUUCCCGUCCAGACGGCCGCCCUGCUCGUCCUGCGGCGCACGGAUUACGCGGAGUAUGCUCCCCAGGCACUGGCUAUCCUAAAAUCCAUCAUCGCAGUAGGCGAACGCGAGAGCAGCGUGAGCAACCUGCUCGUCUUUCUGUCCAAACACCUGUUCAUCUACUCCAAAUCGCUGGGCGAGAUGCCCGCGGGCGCAGAGGGGAUUAUCUACCGGCAGAUCCUCGCGGAGCUGCAAGUGUUUGCCCUGCAGAACAUCUCCAGUGGCACGGAUUCGGUGCGGCACAUGAGUAGCGCCCUGCUGCGCCAGGUGCUGCAGGUGGCUCUCCCAGAGGAGGAGCUCUUCCAGGUGGUCUACCGGCAGUUUGAGGCGCGCGUGGCUCCCCUGAAUGCCAGCUGCCUGGCUUUGGAGCAGCUCGUUGCGGUGGCGGGAGUCGGGAGAUCCCUUGACAACUGCCCCUCGCUGUUUGCCGUCAUCUUUCCGCGAUUCCUGGGCUGCGAGGACAGCGUGGAUGCCUUGUUCAAGGCCAUGAUGGUAUCUGCCCAUAAGACACAGCCCUUCGCCGAGUGGCACCGCCUGUGGUUUGGCCAACUUCUGGCGGCGAUUGAGGUGCCCGAGAAGCGUCGUCCGGUCAUCGAGCAGCUGCUCACCCAGGCGGUGCAGCUGGAACCGCAUUCUCUGGCUCAGCUGCUCCUGCGGGACGCCCGCCUGCCGCUCAGCAGCAAGCUGUCGGCGAUUCUCAGCGUGCGGCAGCUGAGCGAGCGGCGGCAGGAGCUCCUCCAGCAGCUCAGGACGGAGGUGGAGCAGGCCCUGCUCGGCCUGGAUGACCACACUCGCCUCCUGGCGCUGCGCUUCGUGGUGGAGACGCCGCGUCGCAGCGAGCAUUUGACGAAGGAGGAGGCGCAGGCCAUUCAUCUGUAUCUCCAGCACAAUGCCAACAAUCCGAGUGCCCAUCUCCGCCAGCUGGGCUAUGGUCUGCUGCAGAAGGCUCUGCGGCGCAUCCAAUUGGGCCUGGCGGAGCACCAGAAGCGUCCCUCUGCAGCGGGCAAGGAGCUGCACAGCCUGCUGAUCAAUCUAACCAGCCAUCUGGCGAGGAAUCUCUUUCCCACUGCGAACUACGGACGCCGCUGGCUGUCGCUGCAUUUACUCCAGGAUUGCCUGGCGGUGGGCCUGCCCAGCGAGGAGCUGCUGCUGCCGGCGGAGGCUGUGGAGAAUCUAGAGCACUGCCUGGGCGAUAGCUAUGAGCACAACAAGCUGCUGGCCGCCCGGCUACUAAAGAGGCUGCAAUCGUGCUCGCGCUUCCGGCCGGAGGAGAUCAUGGAGCUGCUGGUCUCGCUAAGGCCACCGGAUUCGGUUACCGGAGCCUUUCGCCUGCAGGUUUAUUGUGAGGCAAAGGAGGUGGCUUAUGAGUUGCCUAGCAAGUCUCCCGGGGAAGCAAAGGAAUCCAGAACCCAUCGAGCUCUUCUGUGGUUGCUUAAUCACUUGAGAGAGGGCCUGAGCCUCGCCCAAAGCGAUCUCGCCGAGGCAGCCAAGCUGAAUCCCUUGUACGGCCUGCUCUUCGCCAGUCGCCAUCUAAUGCAGCAACUGGAGCUUCAGGAACUAACCAGGGAGCCCAGUUGGCGUCUCUACAUUGAGGAACUAGUAAAUAUCUGCCUCGAAAUCAGUUGCGUGGCCCUGCCCGUGGUGAGCAGCGCCUCGCCCGAGGGCCAUUUGCCCGCCACCCGCGACCAGGAGACGGAUCAGCCGCUGGCCAAUGUGCUCAGCCGCCGGCUGCCCAGCGAGGCACUGCAGCAGGUGCGGACCACGCCGCAGAUGGUGCUGCUGUGCGCCUGGCGCUGCAUCAAGGAGGUGUGCCUCAUCCUGGGCGAACUGGUGCAGCGAGCGCCGCUGGAAGAUGAGCAGCAAGAGGAUGACUUCCUGCUCAGCAGCAAGCAACUGGAGGCCAUUGGGGAGCUGUUCCUGCAGCUGCUGGCCGAGACGAAGCAUCGCGGAGCCUUCGAGCAGGCCUACGUGGGAUUCACGAUGCUCUGCCGGCGCUUGUGGCACAGCGAGGCAGUGCAUCUCAACCGGCUGCCUGGCCAAUGGGUGAGCGAAGCCAUGGCGAUGGUUAGUGGAGAGGCAUCCAAUCAUCUGUGCUCCACGCGACGCAGUGCCGGCAUGCCGUUCAUGCUGCAGGCGCUCAUCUGCACGGAACUCCGGCUGGGCACCCAUGCCACCCUGCAUCGCUGCAUGGAACGGCUGCUGGAGGUGUGCGAACAGAGAGCAGGUGGCUCCUCCGGCAUCACCGCCCGCAGUCACGCCUUGAACAUCCUGCGCGCCCUCUUCCGCUGCAGCGAACUGGCCGAUCUGGUCACCGAAUUCAUGGCUCGAGGGAUUCAGUGCGCCUUGGAUGGCCUCCUGCUGGCCGAGGAGUGGGCGGAGCGGAACUGCGCCACUCUCCUGCUGGCUGCCCUAAUUGUCCGCAUCUUCGGGGUGGAGAGGGCGCGAAUGGAGAGCGGGGAGCUGCAUGUGCGCAACCGGAUGACGGGACGCAUCUUCUUCACCCGCUAUCCGCAGCUCUUUGACUACUUUCAUGCCGCUCUGCAGCGGGAGGCGGCGGAGAUGGACUCUAGCCAGGUGGAGAAGGGAAGGAGCGGCAAGCGGAGGCAGGCGGUACAGUUGGAGGCCAUGCUGCUCAUGCUUAGCCGUUUGUAUCCCUCCUCGCUGGAGGGCACCGAGUCCACCUUGAAUCUAAGUGAAUUUGUGCCCUUCCUGCUGAAGAUCUGCCGCUCCCACGAUCUGAUGACCCGCGAAAGGGCCGCCCUGGUGGUGGCCAACUUUGUUAGCCAGGAGCAGGCGCUUGCCGAGAUCAGGCGACUGGUGGUGGAGCUCAAGGCGCUGCAGCUGCGACUGCGGCUCAAGGUAAGUAAAACCAUCACCUAGAAAGAGGCUGCUCUAACAAAGAUUUCCCUUUAUUUCAAGGCAUCCCUCCACCUGGACACGAAUCUCCUGCAUGGACAGCUGCUGCUGCUGCUCCAUCUGCACCGCCUGGUGCGCUGGACGCGACCCCCGCUGACCAGGAUGCUGCUGCACACGCUCGCCUCCCUGGCAGCUCCCAUCCUCCAGCGCGACGUGUGUGCGUUUAGUGCGCUGGUGGACGUAAUGGUGGCCGCCAUGGAGGAUGCCACCGAGCUUGAUUUCCAGUUGCUGACGGAGAUAGAAGCUGUGUAUUUACUAGAUCAUUUGGAGAUCCACAGAAGAUGCCGGGAGCAGGGAAUCUCCAUGCGUUUCCACCAGUUGUUUGGCCUUCAUCUCCACCGAUUGCGCGGCAUCACGCAGGGAAUCGUGCUGCACAUUGUCGAGGAUCUAAGCCAGCCCUUCUGGGCUUUGGACGAGCUCAAGGUGGAGCUGUGGCUCUUUAUUCUGCUGCAGAGAUCGCUGGGAAAGGAGGAGCACUCCUUGGUUAGCCAACUAGAUGUGGAGCACUUCCAGUUCGCCGGCGAUAUUCAACGCUAUUACAAGACUUUAAGCUGCGAGCAGCGGGAGGAGAUUGGCCAGGAGCUGUAUCAAUCGCAGGCCAUUCGCUCCUGCGUUUUGCAAAUGAUGAAGAGUGCUUCUAGCGGCUGUUGGAGCCUCCAGCUGGCGGGACGCCUGGCUGCCCUGCAGCCGCUGCUCGAGCAACCGGGAUUGGAUUUCAAUCAGCUGGUCAAGCGAUGCUCGGAAAAGUACUCCAGUCACCAGGAGGCGGGUUUGCUGCUGGGUUUAAAGCGACUGAUUGCGGAGAGGAAGAAGCUGGAGAGGAGACACUGGACACCGCUGCUGAACUACGCCCUGCGGCUGGUUGAUCCCGUCCAGCCGGUCUACCUGCGUCAUCAGGCUGCCGAAUUGUGUGACUUAUUAGCUCGCAAUCAUCUAAAGGAUCAGUUGGGUUCAGAAGUGGCCAACAUGGACGUUGAGCUGGUCGGUCGUUUUAUACGUCUCGUGCUGCUCCUGCUGCUGGACGAAGCGGAGUGGGUGCGUCAUCGGGCUGCCCAGCUGGUGAGCAGCGCAGGAUUUAGGCGGGAAAAGGAUCGGAAGGUAGCCAUUUUGCCCAGUGCCCUGACUCCGGAGUUCCUUAAAGUGGUGCUGGCCCAACUGCAGCAGCAGGCUGAUGAUCCAGAGUUCCUCCUGCGACUCUUCCAACUCAUCGCCGAGCCUUUCCUGGCCACCGAGGCGAAGGAUGGCGAGCCGACCGUCGACGAGGAUGGGGAUGCGGAGGUGGAGGUGUUCGACAAGCAGGAGAUCAACCUCUACUGCGAACCGCUUCUGAUUCUCUGCCAGCUCUCCGCCGCCUUUCGAUCGCAGUUCGGCCAAAGCGAGCAGCUGAUGGCCACCAUUGAUGCACUGGGACUUCCAGCGGAUUUGGUUUAGGAUUGGGAUUGAAUUGAAUGGAGAAAGGUGCUGGCACCAGGAGCAUUUGAUGG